AUGGCGCAAUCUAGCAACCCUCUUGUGGUCUUUCUUAGACCUUGCCCGCUUACCGUAACAAACAGGGAGACGAGCUCCGAGGAUGAUGACAACGACGAUGUUGAUGAAGACUGCUUCUUGAUCAACGCAAUCAUCUCUGUGCCAGGCCCCUACACAUUGUCAUGGCACUUUUCUACAUCGCUUCUUUGGUCGAAGUCUCUCGUCCAGCAUGGGGAGUUCACAGCCGCCGACGCCAUUCUGUUAGCUUUCCUGGUAGACGUAGCAAUGAAGCUGUACAUUGUCGAUGGCAUCAACUACUCCGUCCUCAACAUCCUCGACACCUCUCACCUUGUCUGGACGGUCCUCAGCAUAAUCCAUAGAUCAAUAUACCAACGAGUAAGCCGUUACGGAUGGAGCAAAGGCGACGUUAUACAAACCGUAGAAAGCUUUUACCUCGCCGCAGCCGUUGGCCUUUACCGAAUUCGCGAGCGCUUUGACAUUGCUUUUCUGCAAAGGAUCCAGGAUCCAAAAACCAAAUCGUUGUUUGCAAGAAAACUCCUUCUCAAUAACAUUUUUGCGCCCAAUACCAGGAAAAUCGCCAAAGUCUACCGCUGGGUCUAUGGAGAGUCGCCCGAGUUAAUCUACUUCAAUGGUAUGAACGACGCCGAGCCUCCUUCGCGCAGUCCGAUAAACAUAUGGCAAUGGGUUUUUGAGUAUAACUAA